AUGGACACAUCUAUCGACUCAACGCUCGACUACACGUCCAAAGAGAAACUACUCAAAAGAUAUGGCGAGAGUCGGUCUCAAGAGAGAAGUUCGUCGAGAACUUCACGUCGAGUCAAGUUAUACGACGAGAACGAGAAGUUUGAUUACAAUCACUUCGCGAAGAUUCCCGCCUCAGCCGCCAAAUCGCCCGGAAUGAACCGUAAGGUUACGUACGAUCGCCGCUCGCCCUCACCGUCGCCCUUAGACCCGAGAACCCCGUCUCCGAUCCACACAAUCAAUAUUCCGCCCAAAACUAUUGAGACUAAGGCUGUGCCACAAAUCAUAAUAGAAGAGGAUGGCAAACAUCACUGCAAAUACCACAGCCAUCACUUGGAUCACGAGUACUGUCCGCCGCCAGUUAGGGGUCCCUGCGCUGCCUGUGGACAGUAUAUUGUUGGCAAGCUAUUGAAAGUGAUGGACGAGAUGUUUCAUCCGGAGUGCUUUCGGUGCACUAAUUGUUCGACUACUCUAAACAACGAGAACUAUAAGCCACACGAAAACAAACCAUAUUGUGUGCCCUGUUAUGAGAAGCUGUUUGGGCCGCCCUGUACUGUGUGCAAGAAGUCCACCCAAGAUAAUCGGUAUCACGUGUUGAACCGUAUUUGGCAUCCGGAGUGCUUCUGUUGUGUUGAAUGCACUAAACGGUUGACUCCCGACAACUUUGUGGAGAGAAUGGGCUCUCCUUAUUGUAAAGAUUGCUACCAUAAGCUGUAUUCGCCCAAAUGUUGCGCUUGUAAUCUUCCCAUUAAAGAUAAAGCGAUAAAUGCCCUUGGCAAAAUGUGGCACACAUAUUGCUUUAAGUGCACCACUUGUGGUAUUCCUCUCGAAGAGCGCAAUUUCUACGAGAAGAAUGGG